AUGUAUUCAUAUUUUGCAGUUUCCGUGUCUCUCCCUCCUUCUUUCUAUUUGCUAUUUCCAUUUCUCCUACGCCUGCGAGUAGAGUAAGAGGGACUUCCUACUUCAAGGGUUCCACAAACAAUGAAAAUCCACCAUGGAUGAUUUUUCUCACUCCGACUCCGAGAUACACCACAGUCCACAGGGACCAACCACCAUCCUCAAGCGUUCCUUCGCGACGCUAAAUUUCCGAAUUCGACGGCGAACGAACCCUCCAAUUUGAAAAAUGAGGUUUAACGACAACGCUAUGAGUUGGAUUGGCGUAACGCUAGGUGGCCUCGUCGGCGUAGUCGGUGCGAUACUGGCACUAAGAGAUGGCAAAGUCGCGAUUCCAUUUACCUUACCGUGGUCCUUCGGUACAGACAAUAGUAGCUUCGAGAAAUCGCUCUUUGUUCCUGGCUUGCAGAACCUCCACAACAAUUGCUUCCUCAACGUCGUUUUGCAGGCUCUUGCCAGCUGUUUUUGCUUUCAGAGUUUUGUUCAUGGCGUGAUUGGCGAGUGCAGGAAUAAGGACCUGGAUGAAAACAUGCCUCUUGCAUUUUCUUUGGCUACUUUGUUAGAAGAGCUGAGUUCACUAAGCGCAGAAAGGGUUACACUGAGUCCCCGAAACACAAUGCUGGCCAUGUCGAAUUACAUUCCAAAUUUUAAUCUGACUAGCCAGCAGGAUGCUGCUGAGGCGUUUCUUCAUCUGUUAUGCUCUUUGAGAGAAGAAUUUGGAGGUUGUUAUGCUCCAAAGAUGAGUUCUUUAGCAGACAUUUUUGCUUCUAAUAAUAGAAUUCUUACUCCAAUACAGAGGGACUGCCAGAGUGAGCAGGAGAGAUGGCAGCAACUCUUCCUUGGACCUUUUGAUGGGAUUCUUGGAAGCAGCUUAACCUGUCAAAGUUGUUCAUCUCAGAUCUCAAUUAAUUUUGAACAUUUUGAUUGCUUGCCUCUUUCACCUGUGCUUAGCGAUACUUCCACCAUAAGAGUUGGUUGUACACUGGUGGAUUGCCUGAAGCAGUUCAUCGGUGCUGAACAUGUUGAAAAUUAUCACUGCAGCCACUGUUGGCAUAAUGCAGCAAUCAAGUAUCUUUCUGUAAUGGAAGGAAAUGAGGUAGAACUUGAAAAACUAAGGAGAUGCUCUGACCCAGAAAUCUGCGAUUGCCAAAAAAUGUAUAAUCUUGAUAAACUACCUUGGUCAAACAGGUUUUCACAUACUCUGAAGCAACUAAGUAUUGCUAGAUGUCCAAGGAUUUUAUGCAUCCAGUUGAAAAGAGUUUAUAUGAAUGUCUUAGGAGAUUUAGUCAAACUGCAGGGACAUCUUUCUUUUCCAUUGAUUUUGGAUGUGUCGUCAUUCAUGACAACUAGGCUGGGAGUAAAGACACAGGACAUAGAUGUACAAAGUUUGCCAUUAAAUUUGAAGUAUAACAAAAGAAUUUUUUUGCCAAAUCAAUCUGACCAGCAAUCUGAGAUAAGAACAAUGAAAUUUAGUGGUCUUUAUGGAGCAAUGAAAGAGCCGAUCAAUUCAGAUGGUCUCAUUGAUGAUGGAUUUGUCUCUUCUACAAAUGGACAUGCACUUCAUUAUGAUUCUGUAUUACCCUGCUCUGGCUCUUCAGAAAGCAUUCACUUAGAUACCCAUAUGCAACCCGUUGACAAGGUAGAUGUUUCUUGUAAUUUAGUUUCUCAAGAAACAUGUUUGUAUCAACUUGUUUCUGUGGUGGAACACUUUGGAAAAGCUGGAAGUGGGCAUUACACUGUUUACAGAUGUGCAAGAGUGGAGUCCUCGGAAGAUGUCUCUGAUGACUACUUUAAUCAAACUCAAAUGCGUUGGUUUUGUAUUUCAGAUUCUCAAGUGCAUGCUGUUUCAGUGGAAGAUGUUCUUUCUAGUGAUGCCAGUUUGCUUUUCUAUGAGAAAAUUCCAAGGAACUGAAAAAAGGGAAGUUCUGGGUUCACAAAAUGCAUUGGUUGAUAGUUCCGACUUACAGGAGUCUGGUGCGGCGUUUUAACGCUCCACGAGUGGUAUAAGGACGUGCUGAAGUUGUUCCAAAUUGCUAGACAAGCUUUUGAGGGGGUAAUUAUAAUGCUUGGAAUGGUUAUUCAGUUGUUAUUGUACUCAAAAUGAUUAUUCAUUUUGUUUCCUUAUUGUGGUUACGCCCAUAAAAGCUUUUUUAGGUAUUUAAAAAAAAAAAACUGAUCUCGGCAGCUACAGUUGCAGCAGAAAGCACGAACUUAUAUUAAUACUUGAUAUGGUUAUUGACCGGGAGUCUUGCAUUGGGAAUGUCGUUGACAAGAGCUGGGGUAUUAAAUUUCAGAUUGAGUAGUGUGGGAUACUUGGUGCUUGGUCUCUCCCCUUAACUAGUAAUUUUUAAGA